AUGUCAAGAUUCGCAGAUCAACUACUGUUCCUCCUCCUUCUCGUCUCUGUCUCCUUGUCCCCUUUCAGGUGUUUAGGUAAUGGAGCAAGUGGUAAAGAGAGAACAUUGGCUAUGAUAAAGCCAGAUGGUGUCUCUGGUAACUACACUGACGAAAUCAAAAGGAUCAUUUUCGAGGCCGGUUUCGAUAUCGUCAAGGAGAUGCUUACUGAGCUGGACAAGGAGACAGCCUCUGCGUUUUACGAGGAGCAUUCAUCAAGGAGCUUUUUUUCUCAUCUGGUUACAUACAUGACAAGUGGUCCGGUGUUUGUGAUGGUAUUGGAGAAGAGAAACGGGGUUUCUGAUUGGCGUGGUUUAAUCGGGCCAACGGAUGCGAAGAAAGCUAAGAUAUCUCACCCACACAGCAUCAGAGCAUUAUGCGGUAAGGACUCGCAAAGAAACUGUGUACAUGGUUCGGAUUCAACAUCAUCAGCUGAAAGAGAGAUCAAGUUUUUCUCCAUGGAUGUGAUUUCAGGUGACAUUGAUUCAGAACAUGAUGAACUAUAG